UUCGUAAAAUGGGCCGGGCCAAAAGUCAAGCCCAAGCCUCCACAAACCCAACACCUGGGUCAUGGAUUCUGGUGCUUCAUUUCAUGCCAUCCACAGCGGUGAAGCAUUGCAGAAUCUGGUUAUUAGAGACUUUGGAAAGGUACGACUAGCUGACGACAGUGCUCUUGAGGUGACGGGCAUGGGUGACAUGGUGUUGAAGACCUCAGUCGGUUUCUGGACUUUGAAGGAUGUCAGAGUGGUUCCAGCCUUGAAGAAAAGUUUGAUUUCUGUCAGGCAGUUGGACGAACAGGGACACGAGGUAAAGUUCAGAGAUGGGCAAUGGAAGGUCGUGAAGGGAAAUCUUGUCAUAGCCCGUGGAAAGAAGAGAGGUUCGUUGUACAUGGUCGGGUCACCAUCUAAGGGAGUGACUGUCCCAGUUCAGAAGAGAAACAAAGUCCGGUUCACAGAGUCUCGUGGGCAGAAUAAGGUUGUCUGUGCAAGAGAGAAAUCUAGAGCCACUGGUCAGACUCAGGAUGAACGAGCGUGGAAAGGUUUAAGGGGGCCACUUAGAGGUAUUUAUGGCAGUGGGAGCUCAAGAGGUGCUUCAGCCAAGUUGCCUAGAAGACAGUGGGUCAGGAGAACCAGUAUUCCAGCUGUUGGAACAUCUCCAGAAAAUUUCUUGCUGAGUAUGGAGAGUGUUUGUUCUCAGGAUGUUCCAGGAUCCGGCAGUGUGCGUCCGCAGUGGGAGCCGGUAGGGACCGAGGACGAGUCAGGGACAGACUUUGCCGUGACUGAUGUGUUGGAGCUUGGGAGAGCUUCAACGGGCCUUUCGGUUGUCUGAUGAUAGGGCCGCUGCAACAGGAGAGCUGAAGAAGAUUACUCGAUGUACAGGCGAUCGUGGCGGAUGGCAGUUGAUGUUUAUCAAGCCUCCAAGUGGGAGAAUGUUGGGCUUUGUGGAGGCUUGUUUGUCGGCCCGGCCCAGUUGGGCUUAGCCCUAGUUUUUUUUUCCUAUAUAUAUAGAGGGCUUGUACUUGUAAUCGGCACCACAAGUGAAAUAAGAAAAUCCUCCUGUUGCAGCCGUGGAUUAGGGAAACCG